AUGAAAAAAUAUCACUAUAUUUCAUUGGACAGUCUUACUCUUUAUGUUAUCUUCUUAUCUUGUGAAUUUGUGAUUCAUCCUUCAAUUGCUUCAUUGAUUUAUUAAAAAAAAAACUAACUAGUUCAUUUAUUUAAAAAAUCACCACAUCAUGAUUCUACUCUCAACUUUGUUUCAGAACUUGAACCUGGAGGAUUGGUGCAGUGACACCACAAACCUGAUAGUAGCAACCUUGGUCAUUUCAGCCAUCACUUGGUACACAUGGCUCUUCUUCCUCAAACCCAAAGCCCAGAGCCCGCCACUGCCGCCGGGCCCACCGGGCCUCCCAAUCUUCGGGAACCUUCUAUCCCUCGACCCGGAACUUCACACUUACUUCGCCGGGUUAGCCCGUACCCAUGGCCCGAUUUUCAAGCUCUGGCUCGGGAGCAAGCUUGCCAUCGUGGUCACCUCACCUUCCAUGGCUCGUCACGUGCUCAAGGACAACGACGCCGUCUUCGCCAACCGUGACGUGCCCGCCGCCGCCAGAGCAGGCUUCUACGGCGGCUCGGACAUCGUAUGGAACCCGUACGGACCUGAGUGGCGGAUGCUGAGGAAAGUCUGCGUGCUCAAGAUGCUCAGCGCCACCACCCUGGAUUCCCUUUACCACAUCCGCCGCAACGAGGUCAGCAAAAUGGUCAGGCACCUGCAAAGUCGGGUCGGGUCGCCGGUGAACGUGGGGGAGCAAGCGUUUCUGACGGUGAUGAACGUGAUUAUGAGCAUGAUGUGGGGAGGUUCGGUGGAAGGGGCGGAGAGGGAAACCAUGGGAGCGGAGUUCAGGGAGGCGGUGGCGGAGAUGUCGGCUCUUCUGGGGAAGCCAAACCUGUCGGAUUUCUUUCCUGGAUUGGCCCGGUUUGAUUUGCAAGGAGUGGAGAAACAGAUGCAAGCUGUGGUUCUGCGUUUUGAUAGAAUAUUUGAGAAGGUGAUUGGUGAACGGUUGAAGAUGGAAGCGGAGGGGAAGGGUAAUGACAGCAAGGAUUUUCUGCAGUUUUUGUUGAAUUUGAAGGAAGAGGGUGAUUCCAAGACAACACUUUCCAUAACCCAUGUUAAGGCCCUUCUCAUGGACAUGCUUGUAGGUGGAAGUGACACGUCCUCCAACACAGUUGAGUUUGCAAUGGCGGAAAUUAUGCACAAGCCAGAGGUAAUGAAGAGGGUUCAAGACGAAUUGGAAGGUGUAGUUGGGAAAGAUAACAUGGUUGAAGAGUCACAUCUUCAUAAGCUUCCCUACUUGCUUGCUGUGAUGAAAGAAACUCUUCGGCUGCACCCUACAGUUCCACUUUUAGUCCCACACUGCCCCAGUGAAGCCACUUCUACAGGAGGCUACACAAUCCCAAAGGGUUCUCGGGUGUUUGUGAAUGUGUGGGCUAUUCAUAGGGACCCUUCCAUUUGGGAGAAACCACUAGAAUUUGAUCCUGAAAGGUUCUUGGAUGCCAAAUGGGAUUUUAGUGGGAAUGACUUCAGUUAUUUCCCCUUUGGUUCUGGAAGAAGAAUUUGUGUAGGAAUACCAAUGGCAGAGAGGUCUGUUUUGUACUUUCUAGCAACACUAGUGCACAUGUUUAAUUGGACAGUACCAGAAGGAGAAAAGUUAGAUAUAUCAGAGAAGUUUGGUAUUACUCUCAAGAAGAAAACACCACUAGUUGCCAUCCCCACCCCACGACUAUCCAAUCCUGAUCUUUAUCAAUAGAAUUUAAUACAAUGUUCACACACGGAUAAAGGGAGUAUGUAUACUACUAUCAACACUAUAAUCAUUUGUAGUUUAUGUUCCACAAUGUGUUCAUUCUUUGUCAGAUUCUUAAAUAAAAUUGAAUGAUUUAUUUCAAUAU